CCCCGCCAAGCAAAAUAAGCAUGGAUUCAAUACCGGUGAAUUGGGAAACUCUGGACGCUCUGGUAAUUGAUUUCGCCAAAUCCGAAAACCUAGUCGAAGACACGGCUUCUUGUUCUUCACCGUCAUCGUCUCCGUCGUCUUCGCCUUCGUCUUCGUUGUACCAGUCGCGAUUGCUGAUUCGGCAGAUCAGACGGUUGUUAGAGGCCGGUGACAUUGAUGCCGCCACGGAUCUCCUUCGCGUUCACGCUCCUUUAAUCCUUGACGAUCACCGUCUUCUCUUCCGCUUGCAGAAGCAGAAAUUUAUUGAGCUUCUGAGGAAGGGAACUGUGGAAGAUCGUGAUUCUGCAAUCAAUUGUUUGCGGACUGCACUUGCGCCCUGUGCCCUUAAUGCCUAUCCUGAAGCAUAUGAGGAAUUUAAGCAUGUUCUUCUUGCCUUCAUUUAUGACAAAGAUGAUCAGUCCUCUCCAGUGGCAAAUGAGUGGUCUGAAAGGAGGAGGUUCGACAUUGCUGGAUUGAUGUCUUCUGUCUUAAGGGCUCAUUUACAUGCAUAUGAUCCAGUCUUUUCGAUGACAUUGAGAUAUUUGAUAAGCAUACACAAGGGAUUUUGCUUACGUCAAGGAGUUUCAUCACCUGUCUCAGAUCUUACUGAGAGGUUGCUCCUUGAGGAACGUGACUUUGCUGCAACACCACAGGAAAGUUUGUAUGAAGCCCCUCCAUUUGAUGAGGUGGACAUACAAGCUCUUGCACAUGCUGUGGAGCUUACAAGGCAAGGAGCAGUUGAUAGCUUAAGAGUUGCUAAGGGGGACUUAUUUCAAGCAUUUCAGGUGUAUCAACAAAACAUUCUUUUAGCUUCUAUGACGCAGCAUCUCCUGUCAAGCAAUGUGGCUGGUCUCUGGUCGGUGAUUGUAGUGGUUGGUAAUCACAGUCGCCUGGUGGUGGUCGCUGACUCGCUGGAGCCUUGGUCUCAGUCGCUUGGUCGCCGUCGCUGGAGCCUUGGUCGCAGUCGCCUGGUGGUGGUGGUUGUUGGAGCCUGGUGGUGGUGGUUGCUGGAGCCUGGUGGUCGUUGGAGCCUGGUGGUAGUGGUCGUUGGAGCUUGCUGGUGGUGGUCCUGGGGAUCGCUAGAGCUUGGUUGCACCGUUGCAGUCGCUUGGAAUGGAGGCCCUGGAGUCUGGACAACAAUUUAG